GCUGCGCGUGGGAGCCCCUCCAUACAUUUCAGAAGCUGGACCAGCGGGCCCUGCUCGCUUGCACCCUUUGUCAUCCUCGGCAUCCAUGAUGGACGAGACACGGGAGCCUCUGGCCAUGACUGUCCACCUCCUGGCCAACUCUGGGCAUGGCUCGCUUCUGCAGCAAACCCUGGACCGGCUCCUGGACUGCGUUUGCCCAGAGGUCCGCGUCUUUCUGGUGUCUGAGCGGGUCAGUCCAGUGAAAUACUAUGACAAAUGCCGCUCCAGGCGGUCCUGCUUCCCGGGCAUGUCUGUUCUGCUCUUCCUGCAUGAGAGCCUCGGAGAGGAGCGGCUAUUUCGCGUUCUUGACUCCCUACAGCAUUGGCCGUGGCAGUGCUACCCCACCCAGAAUGCAGAGGGAAGACCGUGCCCCUAUAUUCUUGCCAAUCAGGAAUUCUAUAGUCUGGACAACCAGAUGCCCGUCUGGGGCGUGAGGCAGGUGCACUGUGGCACCGAGAUCCUCAGAGUGACGCUCUACUGCAGUCUUGAUAACUACGAGGAUGCCAUCAGGCUCUAUGAGAUGAUCCUGCAGAGGGAAGCCACCUUGCAGGAGAGCAACUUCUGUUUCUUCGCGCUCUACUCCACCGAGAGCUUUGCCCUGCAGCUCUCCCUGAAGCAGCUGCCCCCUGGAGUGUCGGUGGACCCCAAAGAGGCUUCAGUGUUGCAGUUCAAGGUUCAAGAGAUUGGCCAGUUAGUGCCUCUUCUACCCCAUCCGUGUGUCCCCAUCAGCCAUACCCGGUGGCAGACACAGGACUAUGAUGGCAACAAGAUUCUACUUCAGGUCCAGUUGAAUCCAGGACUUGGAGUUAGGAAUGGUGAGCUUGCCUUUCUGAAUGGCACCUCGGGAGCUGACACGCUCCCCCAGGGCUCCAGGCUGACCCCUGUCUCUGCGAUUAGGACCCUAGAGCCUAGAAGCCGAAGGAGCCGGGGCAGGAGGUUCAAGGUGGGGUCCGUGGAGCGGCCUGAGCCUGGUGGGCAGACAGCGUCAGACAGCGCUAGUGGCACUUCGUGGAAAAGCCCUGGCCGCUCAGCCCAGCCCAGCAGCCCAGCUACGGACUCCCAGCUGCCUCUGCCUUCUCUCCACCUCGAACCCGGGGCCAGAAUAAAGGUCCUCAGACGGGAAAACAGCUUUGAGAAGCAGGAGGCAGAGACGAAUGUUGACACAGGAUUCACCGUGGUCAGCCCUGGACCCAGGCAAUCUUUUCUGAGCAGAUUUCCAAGGGAUCUUUGGACCCACCAGCCACCAUCCUGCUUGUCAACCUCUUCCUUAGGGCCAGCUGCUUCCAAAAACAACAGAAUCUUGAAGGAAAGCGUUCAUCCUCUGUCACUUGCUGGCCAAAGGGACCUUUGUUCCAGGACGACAGUCUCAAAAUGUCCCCUUCCUCUGCCAGUCCAGGGUGAAGAAAAAGAAGCAGAAGAAGAAUUCUUUAUAUAGCAUAAAACAACUGUGGUUUUCUAAAACACAAAAUCAUAUAGAAAGUUCUAGAAAUGGAGCACUGACCCAGAAUCAGCCUGUUUCUUGUUCAUCUGAGGGGCCCUAAAUGCUAGCCAUGCACAGAUCUGUAUCGCUUUUAUUUCAAAUGUUCAAAGUCUAGCAGUGCCGGUGAGUGGUUGUUUAUUUGCCGUCACGGUCAUAAGGGAACACAGCCAACACACAGGGAAAAAGCCCGAUGCCUCACGUCCUUGGAGACACACUAACGCAGCUGGGUGUGUUGAGUUCAGUACCUAUCAGGAUAAUUGCAUUGUAUGCAAACAAGUCGGAUGUGUUAUGCAAUGCUGAUUAGAGUCUGUAAUUUGGUUUUAAUUUUUACUUGCGUUGCAUUGCUCA